ACCUGGUCGUGAACGAUGAAGCUGUAUCGAUGGUUCCACUUCCGGUAAAGCGGAAUAAAAGAGCCGUAGAAGGUGAAUUGGAACAUGAGCAUCAUUUAAUUAGUGAAAGGGAACGAAGAAAGAAGAUGAAAAAUAUGUUUCAUGAUCUUGGUGAUAUGAUCCCUCAACUUCCUCCAAGGGCAGACAAAGUGAGAAUAAUAGAUGAAGCAGUGGCGUACAUACGGAAGAUGCAGGAAGUCCUCCACAAUCUGGAGAAGAAAAAGCUGGAAGAAGGUGAGAAGCAGAAGAUGAUAAAAUCUGAAUCUGAAUCUGAAUCCAGGAUGAUGAAUUGCGCAGCAACAGUAGGUUUGAAGACGUGGGCAUCUCCGAAUGUGGUACUGACCGUUGCUGGAAAUGAGGCACACUUGAGCAUCUACUACCCCCGCACCAACCCCUACCCCUACCCCAAACCCCAACUGCUAACUGUUGUCUGCUUCCUCCUGCACAAGUACAACCUCUAUCCGCUCUUUGCAAACAUCAACACUACUGUCUGGGGGCGCAUGCUCUUUUUCCAUCUCCAGGCAAUUGGAGUUCCAGAUCACUUCCCUGCAGAGUCGCUUCUACUUGUGGAAGAAAUUUACAAACAGGCUGCUUCUGAUAUCGUGGCCUGGAUUAGUGCUUAAUUACUUAAGAUUUCUCUUUUUUAUUUUUUUAGUUUAAGCGUCGAAGUUUCUAUUGUUAUUUCAAAUUAAGUAUGACUGUUUAUUUAUGCCGGACAACUAUUGAUGGUAGGAAAAAAUAGUUUG